AUGAGUUCUCCAAUGUCGGUCACAUCGUGCGAGCAACUGAGCAAAGUGGAGCGUUUGGUCUUCUUGAUCUCCAAAUAUGCCACCCUCUAUGUUGAGGGCAGCCAUAAAAUAGGUAAUCAGGAGGAGCAGAAGGCCCUGGGCAGCCAAAUCCAAGAACAUGCAGACCAAGUCGCCAACCUGUGUGGCGAGCUCGCCCGUCUCAUCCAGAAGCCCGGUCAGUCAGUCCAAACCACGGAGGACGGGAUCCUAGAGACGGCCAUGGCAUAUACCAAAUCUACGGCACUUGCGAUUGCCCUGGAUAUGGAUUUCUUCGAACAUGUCAAGCCUGGUGGAACGUCGACCACCGUGGACGAGUUAGCCCAAGUGACCGGUGCGUCUGAGAAGUUGAUCAAGAAUGUUAUGCGAAUCUGUGCCGAUAGCUCCAUCUUCAAGGAAGUUACCACGGGGGCUUUUGGACACACCGAGAGGUCGCUAUUGUUGCGUGAGCGGGACAGCUAUGUUCGAGCAUAUUCAGGUUAUCUGGUGGACGACGCCCACAUGGCGGGCGCCUUUCUCCCUGGCGUGCUUCGGGAACAUGGCUUUCAGCCUCCACCAGACCGGAAACAAUCGGCGUUUUGCAAGGCAUUCAAUGUGUCGGACCCUUACGACUACUACCAUUCGACUGAUUUAGUGCGGGGGGCUCGAUUCGACCGAGCAAUGCAGGGCAACCAUGCAAUUCAGCACCACCCCAUAGAUCUGGUGAUCUCGUUCGACAAGUUGCCGUUUGGGGCCGUGGUGGUUGAUGUCGGCGCCGGCCGUGGCCACAACGCGCUGCGACUGGCGACAAAAUUCCCCCAUCUCACGGUUGUUGUGCAGGACCAUGAGAACGUCAUUUUCCCGGAAGAGGAUCAACUCGAUAUCCCUCCACCAGUAGAAGGAAGAAUCCAAUUUCUCCCCCACGACUACUUCGACGAGCAACCUAUCAAGGAUGCGGACGUGUAUAUCCUGAGCAAUAUCCUCAUGGAUAAUCCAGACAGUGAUUGUAAGCGGAUCUUGUCGCGCAUCGCCACGGCGAUGACACCGAACAAAUCGAAGCUGGUCAUCUGCGACAAACUCGAUAGCGAAGCCAGACCGGUACAUCAUCAGAUGUCGGAGUUGCAUAUUUUUUCCUGCUUCAACUCGUGGUCGCGGAGUAUUGACGAGUGGAGGAGACUAAUAACAGAAUCAGCCGACGGGCUUGCGGUCGAUCGAUUCUGGGAGAUCGGGUCGGGUGUGGUGCUUGAAAUUGGACUCAUGGGGCGACUGUAA